AUGCAUGAGAAGAACCAGACGUUGGUCACUGAGAUCUUUCUCUUGGGAUUUCAGAAUCUCCACAACUUCAAGAUUCCCCUGUUCUCGCUGUUUCUUCUGAUUUACAUUAUGACAGUUUGGGAGAACGUUCUUAUCAUAGUGUUGGUGUCCUCCAGCCGGAAUCUCCAGUCCCCCAUGUACUUCUUUCUCCAGCAGUUGUCCCUGUGUGAUCUUCUGGAGUCCUCAAAUAUUGUCCCCCUCCUUCUCCAAACUGUAAUUCAUGAUGGAAUCACAUUGUCCUUUUUUGGUUGUAUGAUGCAGUAUUAUUUUUUUUCCACCACAGCAUCAUUUGAGUGUUUGCUUCUAGCAGUAAUGUCCUAUGACAGAUAUGUGGCCAUCUGUAUCCCACUGCGUUACUCUUCUAUAAUGUCCCACAGGGUUUGUGUUACAUUUAUUUUUGUAUCAUGGGCUCUUGGGUUUGGCCUUACAGUGAUUACAGUGGAUCUUAUUGGGACACUACAGUUCUGUAACCAAAAUACCAUCAAUCAUUUCUUCUGUGAUUUCUUACCACUUCUUGAGCUUUCCUGCUCAGACACUUUCUCACUACAAAUUGAAGUAUUUUUUCUGUCAGUUCCUUUGGUUUUUCUACCAUUUACACUCAUCGUUAUAUCAUAUAUGUGUAUUGGCCAUGCAAUCCUAAAGAUAGUGUCCAAUACUGGGAGACAAAAAGCCUUCUCCACCUGCAGCUCCCACUUGGCUGUGGUCUCCUUAUUUUAUGGGACUCUAACUGUUGUUUAUGAAGUUCCAUCACAAAGGCAAUCACAGACAAUAAGCAAAGUUCUGUCUCUGUUGUACACUGUAGUGAUUUCUUUAGUUAACCCACUGAUUUACAGCUUGAGAAAUAAAGAUCUAAUUAUUGCCUUUAAAAACCUCAAAGUAAAUUUAGUCAACCUUUUGGUAAGGUAG